CUUGAAUUACAAAUUUCCUUCCGGAAACUGACAUAUUUCCAACUAGCAAUGCCCAGUUCUCUACAUAUUUAAGAGCCAACGGGUGUUGUCCUCUUGUUAACUAUAACUCAAGCCCAAGCUCUAUACUAGCGAAUAAAUAUUUGCCUGACAGACUACCAAGCCCAAGCAAAUAGUGGCGGCUUCUGUGCCAGACCCAGACAGUGUCCAGCAAUCCGCGUCAAUUCCACGCAAAACUGAGUAACUUGACACGAUCUCUUCCAAAAUACUGCGAGGACACAAGAAGCGGUUGUUUCCUAUAAUCCAUAGCACGAAGCCGUUCGUAAUCGGGCACGCCCGCUACUUGAAGAACAAGCCGCAACCUCCCACAUCCUGAACAGCCACAACCACCGCUACAACCAUGUCCCGUCACCACCCCGAUCUCGUAAUGUGCCGCAAGCAAACCGGAAUUGCCAUCGGCCGUCUCUGCGAUAAAUGCGACGGUAAAUGUCCGGUCUGCGACUCGUACGUGCGGCCCACUACCCUCGUACGCAUCUGCGAUGAAUGUUCUUUCGGCAACUACCAGAACAAGUGCAUCGUAUGUGGCGGGGAGGGGAUUAGUGACGCCUUUUACUGUUUCGAGUGUACUCGAUUGGAGAAGGAUCGCGAUGGGUGCCCGAAGAUUAUCAACCUGGGUAGUUCGAGGACGGAUUUGUUUUUCCAGCGGAAACAGCAUCGGGCAGGGGUAUCUUGAUGGGGCGUAUCUGAGCUACGGGUUUUGGGUUUAAUGGGAAUGAUGAAACCUGUCCUUUCUUGGGGAGAGCAGAGAGAGAGGUAGUGAGAUAUUGGAAAGGGGCAGAGAAAAGAAGAAGGCGUUCAAUUAUUUAUGUUGACCGUUUAUUGAUUUUGAUUCACGAAUUUUAACGGGAUAUCGAGCUUGCGACGGCGUCCAGGCUACGGGUUUUACAAAUACCAAAAGGAUCUUAGAUUUCUAGAGGGUGCGGAACUGGCUACGAUAUAUAGGGGGAUACCGGAGAGCAAUAAUAAGAAAAAGACAUUCUGACAAUAGCAAUAUCCGACGAUUCUUGAAAUUGGAACAGCACCCUGGACUCGUGAUCAGACCAGCUUAGACCAAUCCUGAGAAACGGGACCAAUUCAAGGGCGGCAGACAUCAAACCUUUCACCGGCCGGGUCUCUUGGGUCUUGCAAAUGUUUGUCGAACCUCUUCCUUUCGUGGAUUGACUUGUUCCGCAAGGCUUCCAGGUGUGAUAUCUGUGGGUUCCGAUGCCUCAAUCUGAGAGAAAAACCCCGCGAAAUUAGCGUUUGCACACGAAAGUAACGCCCUCAUUAUUCUUCACAUGGAUCAUAGGUACCUUAUGCGCAACUUCUACACCCUGUAGAACAGCAAGCUUCACCACGUCAUUCCGCGAGCUAGCGUGCAAUAGGCGCUCCUUGAUUACGGAACCAGAUGGGCAGGUGUAUAUGAAGAUGACUGCUUUGGGGUCCGGAUAGUAAUAAAAUGUGUACUGGGCCUUCGAGUCUGAAAUCAGGUUUGAUAUGGAAUCAGGUUCGACAUUCGACUCAGUGGAGAUUAGAGUGAGAGUUUCGGUUGGCACGUCAAUAGUCUGUAUAUUAUAGCACAAAAGCAAAUUAGAUUAGCAUAAUGGAAUAGUCAGCACGCCAUGUCUUGAUUCCAAGAAGUGUGGCCACUUUACGACUCCCAUGGCCAUCGAUUAGGAGGUCAGACAGUAGGACAAUAGGAUAGGAAAACAACUCACCAACCGG